UGCGUAUUCAGUUCAGGAUGGUUUAGGGCGAACGAAGCAAAGCACAGGGAAAUAAAGUUUGGAGUCACGGAAUAAUAAAGCCCCGAUAUUUUGUCUUGUUAUACUUGUUGCAACGUAUACUUCCGUCCAGCCAAGCUCUGUGAAUCAUCGUAAAAUAGAAGGAUAGACAUAUUAAAGGAACAAGGCAGCUGCAUCGCAAGGACGAAAUACUAGGAUCCCUUUAAAAAUAAGUGCACCCAACCAUCCAGCACCACCGAAGGACGCGUCCCUUCUGCAUCUGCCAUUCCACGAGCAAUCCACCCACCAUUGAACCCACACACAUUCGUUCAUUACAUAAAAUCUCAAUCCCACUUCCAGCUUAAGUGCAACGACGACACGGACUUUUCUAAUACUCAAAUCUAAGUUUUUUUCGUUUUAAAUUUAUUUUAUUUCUGCAAAAGUUUAAAAUCAUGGCUGUUCUCCACGAUCUAAGCGAAUCGUUUAUAUUCCUCCCAAUUUUGGUGGCCUUUCUUAUUCUAGGACUUGUGAUUGCUAUCGUCUCAGUAAUUCGUAGGCAGCAGAGGAUACGAAGGAAUGAGCGAUUAUCUGACACCUUCCUCCCACCAUUUGUUGGAGGGAAGAUUCCCAAGGAGGAAACGUACGUAGUUCCACGAGACUGGAAGCCGAGUAUGAACAAUCGCGUCUACGCCCCGCUUUCAAUCCCCAUCGAGGAGCCACGGUCAUCCUCGUCUCAGAAAUUCGUCCAGUCAAUCAUUCACGUUCUUCCGCCUCGUUCCUCCGACUUUGUUUAACAACAGUGCAAACAGAAGGCUGCGGCGUUUCCUGUCAACUUGGGGAAAUAUUUGUAAUGAGUUCCUUAUCUAUUAUUUAGUCGCACAUAAGAUGUCGGACGUACAUAUGAACAAAUAGUGUUUGUUGAGCUUAAAACAACUCGGAGGCAGCUACUCUCGAUAAAUAUUUACCUAAAUAUGUAUGCGAGAUUUUAGUGAUGAGGAUGUACACAUUUCUUGUUUGAUUGUCAUGUUAUCAUUUCCACUACGUGUAUGUAUACUGGAAGCAUUCUAUCUUUCUUACAUUUUACAUGUUGUAAAACUAUAUGUUAAAAAUAAAUCUUAAUUUAUAAAUUG